AUGGACGAGCCGCAGCCUGACCCCGCAACUCUGAGCUUGAGCAACCAGCCGGGUGCUAGCGGCGAGAAGGUUGGGUUUGACGCCCUCCGUGGCCGCAAGGUCGGCGACAUGGGCUUCAGCGGGGCAUCCGAGCCGGCCCAGACCCAGGCGCAGACCACCUCUGGUACCACGACAGCUGCGCCUGCCGCAUCAGCGAGCACCAGUGGUAGUGAAGCCAAGCCGACACGUCAAGCUGCUUCCGGUGUUGACCUCAGCAAGGUCGUCGAGCCAGAGGUUGACCAGUACUGGCGCACGCAGGACGGCAAGAUCGAACGGAAGCGCGACGCUGCCUUUUGUCGCCACGGCGACAAGGCUAUGUGCGAUUACUGCAUGCCUUUGGAGAUCAAGCACCUGUCGUUCAACGCGCACCUGCGUAAGCUUCUUGCCGGACGCCCGCCGUCGGCUGCAACGAGCUCAUCCGUCGACCUGCCACCUCUCGACCCGCUCUCUCUGAGUGUGAUCACGCCGUGUCCGAGUGGCUCUCACCCGCCAUUCCCCGAGGGCAUCUGUUCAAAGUGCCAGCCGUCCGCCCUCACGUUGCAGUCGCAGCCGUUCCGUAUGGUUGACCACGUCGAGUUUGCGACGCCGAAUCUAAUCGACAGUAUCCUGACGGCAUGGCGCAAGACAGGCAACCAGCGCUUCGCGUUCCUCAUCGGACACUACGACCGCUACGACAAGGUGCCGAUGGGAGUGAAGGCGGUGGUUGAGGCAGUGUGGGAGCCGCGGCAGGAAGGCGAAGUGGACGGUCUCACGAUCGAGGUGCCCUGGAGCGACGAAAAGCAGGUCGCGCAGGUCGCCGAGUGGUGUGAGAAGGGCCUCGGUGUUGUCGGCAUGAUCUACACGGACCUGACGCCCGACCCGGACGACAUCACCAAGACGUUGUACAAACGACACGCGCAGAGCUUCACUGCCUCGGCGCUCGAGAUGCUCACGAGUGCCAAGUACCAGGUCCUCCACCCUCUCGCGACCCGUGCGUCGCCGACGGGCCAGUUCUCGUCUCGCUUCGUGACGUGCUGUCUGACGGCUACCGAGGACGGCAACAUCGACGUGAUCGCGUGGCAGGCGAGCGAGCACGGCGAGGCGAUGGUGAAGGCGAAUGCGGUCGAGGCAUCCGUGGACCCGGGCACGGUGCGUGUGCGCAAGCCAAGCGACGGCGAGUACAUCCCCGAGGUCUUCUACAGCUUCAAGAACGAGUACGGGAUCCAAGUCAAGAUGCCUGCCAAGCCGACGUUCCCCGUGGAAUACCUCUUCGUAAACUCGUUCCCGGUCGAGAACCGCCCCGGACUCAGCGACCAGAGCAUGGAGCUGGUCGUGCGCGAGCUGCUGCGCAUCCUGCGCGGCGCGGACCUCGAGAUCGGCGACGUCGGCACCUGGCCCUCGCGCAUCAGGGAGGAUGUGCAGCGCUGGCUCAGUGACUGGCACCUCGUCGCUUUCCUGGCCAUGCACGGCCCGUUCAGCCCGAAGGAGGCCGAGACGCUCGCGCACGCCGCGACGGCGCACAAACACCCGGAGCACAAGGGCGCGCUCGAGGAGCUCUUCCGCUCCGGCGGGUGGCAGACGCUGCUUACCAUUGCCGAGUCGAGCGGCAGUGCUAUGGACACGAACGACCGAUUCUCCCAGAUGGGCAUCGCGAGCCCGCAGCGCUCGGGCACGGGUGCUUCGACGCCGGCGACGGGCGGAGCAGGUGCGGCGGCAGCGGCGGAGGCGAGUGGGCCCAAGGCGUGCCCGCACUGCACUUUCAUCAACGAGCCUGGAAACACGGAUUGCGACGUAUGCGGCCUGCCCCUCAGCGGCUAG